GAUAAUUUCCCAAUUUUCAACGAAUAAAAUCUCCCUCUGCCUCUAGGUCCAACCCCCACCGCCGAUUAUCACCACCGUCGUCACCUUACACUCUCACACCAAACCAAACCUCAACCUAUAAACCCUUCAUAAAACCACCAAAGCUAGGGUUUAUUCCCACCCUUCUCAUCUCAAUACAACAAACAAACAACCUAGGGUUUCGUUUCCUUUCCUUUCAAUGUCAAAGAGAAAGUUCGGAUUCGAAGGCUUCGGCAUCAAUAAGCAAUCCACAUACAGCUUCGAGCGACCUGACGCACCUCAACGACUCUACGUUCCUCCGUCAUCCCGCGGCGGCGGCCAUGACCACUACGAAGACACCGAUCUCGACAACAUAGAGUACGAAGAAUCCGGCAACAACGCGGUUAAUAACGACGGAGGAGCAGACGACGGUGAAAUUGAUCCGCUGGAUGCAUUUAUGGAAGGGAUUCAUGAGGAGAUGAGGGCGCCGGUGGUUCCGAAGGCGAAAGAGAAGGCGGAUAAGUAUAGAGAUGACGAGGAGGAUGAUCCGAUGGAGAGUUAUUUGAGAGCGAAGAAGGAUAUCGGUUUGACGUUGGCGUCUGAUGCGCUUCAUGCUGGUUAUAAUUCGGAUGAGGAGGUUUAUGCUGCUGCUAAGGCUGUGGAUGCUGGAAUGCUGGAGUAUGAUUCUGAUGAUAAUCCUAUUGUUGUUGAUAAGAAGAAGAUUGAGCCUAUUGCUGCUUUGGAUCAUAGUUUGAUUGAUUAUGAACCGUUUAAUAAAGAUUUUUAUGAAGAAAAACCAUCCGUAUCAGGUAUGAGUGAGCAAGAUGUUGCAGAGUAUCGAAAGAGUCUAGCAAUCCGUGUUGCAGGCUUUGACGUUCCAAGGCCAAUAAAAACAUUUGCAGAAGCUGGAUUCUCUGCAGAGUUGAUGAAAGCAAUUGCAAAACAAGCUUACGAAAAGCCUACUCCAAUACAGUGCCAAUCUUUGCCAGUUGUGCUAUCUGGUAGAGAUAUUAUUGGCAUUGCAAAAACUGGUUCAGGGAAGACCGCAGCAUUUGUUCUUCCUAUGAUUGUACACAUUAUGGAUCAACCUGAAUUGGCUAAAGAGGAGGGGCCCAUUGGAGUAGUUUGUGCACCUACAAGAGAACUUGCACACCAAAUAUAUUUAGAGUCAAAGAAAUUUGCAAAAGCGUAUGGUAUUCGUGUGUCUGCGGUUUACGGUGGGAUGUCGAAGCUCGAGCAGUUUAAAGAACUGAAGUCAGGAUGUGAAAUUGUUAUUGCUACACCUGGGAGGUUAAUAGACAUGCUAAAGAUGAAGGCGCUAACAAUGUCGAGAGCUACUUAUUUGGUUCUUGAUGAGGCUGAUAGAAUGUUUGACCUUGGGUUUGAACCACAAAUUCGGUCAAUCGUCGGUCAAAUCCGGCCGGAUCGUCAAACGUUGCUUUUUUCAGCGACAAUGCCUAGAAAAAUUGAGAAGCUUGCUAGAGAAACACUUACUGAUCCCGUGAGAGUUACUGUUGGUGAGAUCGGGAUGGCUAACGAAGAUAUCACCCAAGAAGUUCAAGUACUUCUUUCUGAUUCAGAAAAGUUGAAUUGGCUGCUUGAAAAGCUACCGGAACUGAUUGAUAAUGGUGAUGUUUUGGUUUUUGCUUCAAAAAAGGCAACGGUUGAUGAGAUAGAAAGCCAGUUAUCGCAAAAAGGGUUUAAAGUUGCUGCCCUUCAUGGUGAUAAAGAUCAGGCAUCUCGUAUGGAGACAUUGCAAAAAUUUAAAGCGGGAACAUACCAUGUUCUUGUUGCGACUGAUGUUGCUGCUCGUGGUCUUGACAUUAAAUCGAUUAAAUCGGUGGUUAAUUUUGAUAUUGCUAGAGAUAUGGACAUGCAUGUGCAUAGAAUUGGGAGAACGGGCCGCGCUGGUGACAAAGAUGGAACUGCUUACACUCUUAUCACACAUAAAGAGGCCCGUUUUGCUGGAGAGUUGGUCAACAGCUUGAUUGCAGCUGGUCAAAAUGUGUCAGUGGAGCUAAUGGACCUUGCUAUGAAGGAUGGGAGGUAUAGAUCCAAACGGGACGCGAGAAAAGGAGGUGGGAAAAGGGCAAAAGGAAGGGGAGGUGGCAAUCGAGGUGUGCGUGGUGUGGAUUUUGGUUUGGGGAUAGGAUACAAUUCAGAACCCAAAGCUGCUUCAUCAACUGGUCGUAGUUCAGCUGUUAAUUCACUUAAAACAGGAGUUAUGGCUCAGUUCAAAAGCAGCUUUGUUGCUGCUUCAUCGAAUUCUCAAAAUCAGGGAUUAAUCAACAGUAACAAGAAAAUGGUUUUGCCUGGUUUUGUUUCUGGUGGUUCCAUAGGUGGAGAAGCACGACCUCCCACUACCACCAUUUCUCCAAGUUUGACUCCCAUGCCACCUGGCAAUACCGCUAAUCAGAACACCGGUCAUGGAAGCCAAGGGAGUUCUGAGAGGUCAAAAGACCGGCCUAGAGAAAGGAGGCGGCCUUCUGGUUGGGACCGCUGAACCGCAAGUGGACUGAUAAGCUUGUAUGUUAUGUGACUUAACACAUCUUAUUGUUUUACAUUUUGGUUUCACAUAUGUAGUUGCCACUUACAAUUUAUAUUUAUCCGACAGUUUGGUUACUGGUGAUAGUUUGUUAGGUAGUUGUCAAAAUACUUCAGUUUGGUAUGGUUUUGUUUUAUUCCAGCAUCACCACAUUUCAGUACUUUAAUAUGUAUGGCUUCAUCUUA